AUGAGGCUCAUACGGUCUGCUUCACGCCUGCAGUCCUCCUGCGUGAGGGCCGCUUCUGGCACCCGUGCCUUGAGCAGCAGCAGCAGCAGCAGCAGCAGCAGCAUCAUCUCGCCAGCUCGGAGAUACGCCUCCUCCAGCAGCGAUGAACCUCUCCAAAAGACAGCCCUCUAUGACCUUCACGUCUCACACGGCGGCAAGAUGGUCCCCUUUGGCGGUUUCCACAUGCCAGUGCAGUACGCUUCUCUCUCCGUCUCGGCCUCGCACGUAUUCACCCGGACCCACGCCUCCCUCUUCGACGUCAGCCACAUGGUCCAGCGCAUUUUCUCUGGCCCAGGCGCCGCCGCCUUCCUGCAGCGCGUGACCCCCGCCGGCCUGGCUGCCCUGCCCGUCAACAGCAGCACUCUCUCUGCUCUCCUGCACCCGGGCACCGGCGGCAUCGUGGACGACACCGUCAUCACCAAGCUGGCCGAUGACGAGUUCUACGUCGUCACCAACGCCGCCUGCCGCGCCAAGGACGACGCCUACUUUGCCGAGCAGCUGUCUGCCUGGGACGGCCCCGCCGUGCGCCACGAGAAGCAGGACCACAAGGGCCUCAUCGCCCUGCAGGGACCCCUGAGCGCCGACAUCCUGGCCUCUGUGCUCGCCGCCGGGCCUGACAGCCCUGCCGACCUGACCAAGGUGUUUUUCGGCACAUGCACCACCGCCAGGAUCGCCCUCGCCGGCGGGGCCGUCUCCGCGCCCGUGCUGAUUAGCCGUGGCGGGUACACGGGCGAGGACGGCUUUGAGAUCUCGAUCCCGAGUGCCGAGGAGACGGUCGCCGUCACCGAGACGCUGCUGGCCUCCGCAGGGCCCGAGAGGCUGCAGCUGGCAGGCCUCGGCGCCCGAGACAGCCUGCGCCUCGAGGCCGGCAUGUGUCUGUACGGCCACGAUCUGGACGACGCCACGACCCCCGUCGAGGGCGGGCUGAGCUGGAUCAUCCCCAAGGACAGGAGGGGCGCGGACGCAGGGUUCCACGGCGCCGAGGUCCUCGCCAAGCAGCUCGUGCCCAAGGCCAAGGGCGGCGCCGGUGUCGAGAGGAGGAGGGUUGGCUUCGUGGUCCAAGGCGCCCCCGCGAGAGAGGGCGCCGAGGUGGUCAGCAAGGACGGAGAAAAGAUUGGCAACAUCACCAGUGGCUGUCCCAGCCCGACCCUGGGCAAGAACAUUGCCAUGGGCUAUAUCAAGGAUGGUUUCCACAAGUCCGGGACCGAGGUGGACGUUGUGGUGAGGGGGAGAAACCGCAAGGCCGUUGUGUCCAAGAUGCCAUUCGUUCCCACCAAGUAUUGGAAGGGAACGGCUCCUGCAUGA